UUGAACUACCGGCACCUUCGAAACGCUGUUUAACAGGAUUGUUUCUUCGUGUAGCUUUUGUAAAAUAGUGUUUUGCCUUAGCAUAUGCAUAAUGUCUGGAAUUCCUGAAGCAUUCUGGCAACCUCCUUUUGUCGUGCUGGAGACAACAAUGGGAGAAAUCGUUGUAGAGCUAUACUGGCAACACUCACCAAAUACGUGCCGGAACUUCGCAGAAUUGGCUCGCAGAAAAUACUACGAUGGAGUGAAGUUUCAUCGAAUCAUUCCAGACUUUAUGAUUCAGGGUGGAGACCCCACUGGAACCGGACGCGGCGGAGCUAGCAUAUAUGGCAGGACGUUCAAGGAUGAAAUACAUCCUGAGUUGUUUCACACCGGUGCCGGAAUUCUCUCGAUGGCAAACUCAGGUCCUGACACAAAUGGAUCCCAAUUUUUUAUUACAUUGGCGCCAACGCAAUGGCUAGACGGGAAGCACGCUAUCUUCGCGAGGGUGUAUUCUGGUAUGACUGUUGUAAAACGAAUGGGCCAGGUCGCCACCGAUAACGACGACAGACCUGUCGAUGAUGUGAAAAUUAUGAGAGCUUAUAUCAAAGGAGAACAAGAUGGGUUUCGAGGAAUGGCCGAUGUCAUGUCCUAUGUUGCCUAGAGUCAUGUAAGAUUCACAUACAUACGAAACAUUCAUCAUAAAUCGCUAACGCUCGAAGCCUGUCUGCAUUAGUGAUACGCUUUCCGCUGUAUUCAGAACCACCGAAUCGUUGCAUUGAAGGGUUAUUUUACAACACAAAUUGUAUUAUGAACUUAUUACACAACAUAUUCGUAACAACUCUUGAAUGUUCGAGUUUAUUAAACAUUUGUGCGAAAAAUUGAUAGAAGGAAAUAAAUAGGUAACUUGCAUUUUUCAAGUAAAUUGUACGUUUGUCUUCAAACAAGUAUACCGUCGACGUAAGCCCACAAUGAUUUCUUAUUGCAUAACCAAUAAAUCUUAAAAAGUCACUAUAAUCAUAGAAAGGAUAGAAAUCAAUACGGUGGGCAGUAAAAUUGUAACCAAAUAGGUGCACUUACACAAAUUGCACCAAACAGGUUAUAGGUACACUUCAAAAA